AUGCCUAGACGCCAUUUAAGUGAAAAUGAGAUGUUGAGAGCCGUGGAAAUGCUUGAAGCUGGCAUGCUUCAAGUUGAUGUCGUAAAUGCUAUGGGAACUACUCAAAGCGUCAUCUCGCGCUUCUGGAAUCGUUAUCGUGAGACUGGAAGCACACGAGAACUCCUAGACCGAUAUGUUCAAUUGGAAGCUCGACGAAAUGACAGUAUAACUGCUUCUCAAUUAAUUAACCAUCUGGGCAAUGCUCAGCAUGUGAGUGUUUCGAGACAUACCAUCUAUAGAAGGUUAAGGGAAGGUAAUCUAGUAGCAGAAGGCCUUAGAGAUGCCAACCUCUAA